GGAGGGGCGGCUGCAGCGGCCCUCAUGGCCUGGCCUGCAAGGUCCUGUCGGUCAGCAGAGCACUGGGCCCAACCCAAACCCACAGUCAGGUGGGGGAACUGGGGUGCACCUCCCCAGGGACAGGGUCACACAGCACCUGGCCACAUUUAAAGCCCUCGGGGGUCAAUCUGACAGUCUCUCUCCCUCUACCCACUGCCCAGCUGAGGCCAGGCUGAGGAACCUGGACCCCCUGCAGCUGUGUGGGUGGCGGUGGGGAGGGCCGGCAGCAGCCCCUCCGUGGCCUGCCCUGGAAUGGUGCAGAUACUGAGGGCAGGAAGCUGCAGGCAGCGUGGGGCAGAUGUGUCCAGGAAACGAGGGGACCGUCCACCCCAUUGGCUGCCAUUUUGCCUCUUCUCCUCAGAAGGAAACACAAGGUGCACCCUCGACUCCUGGCAGGACUGGGAGAGCGUCCACAGGGAGGGGGACGGAGCCUGCCCACACCCCUCUUGUAGUUGUGUGAAUGAUUGAUCUGUGCCUAAGACAGAGCUGUGACAGACGGCAGGGUUCCACUGGCUGACCUGCCUGCUGGCCUCCUGGGGCCCGCCACCCCGUCUCCCGGGCAAGCUUCCUGCCUCUGGGUGGCUGCGGACAAGGGGGCCGUGCCCUCCUGGGCUCCCAGGGCUUGGGGCCAGAGCCUCGUCCGGCAGCAACUAACCCUCUUUCCUUUCUCUGCAGCCAGGAAAGCCCUGCUCCUCAGGAGGCUGUGUGUCGACCACACCAAGGAGCCCCAGCUCCCCAGGCUUCCCUCAGGACCAUGAGAGCAGGCUCCCCCAGGGACCCCCCGGGGGUGAGGAUGGCCACCCGGCCCACGCCCCGUGGCCCCCCUCGGACCACGGCAUCCUCCUAGCGCCCGGGACGGCGGGGCCAUGCCGGGGGAGCGGCCCCGAGGAGCGCCGCCCCCCACCAUGACGGGAGACCUGCAGCCCGGCCUUGCCGUCGGUGGCCUGGGGCGUCCCCCGCAGCCCCUCAUCACCCCGGGGAGCAGGACCACCCACGGCCCAAGCGAGGCAGGCGGCCGGGCCCAGGCCCAGGAGCUCCCCGAGGCCCGGCCCAGGCCAGCCAAGGAGGUGGAGCCCAAGGCCCUGCUCCUGAGGACCCAGGCCGCCCCCCGGCGGAGUCACCCCCAGGCUCACAGGUGGGUGGUGGGCAGGGCAGACGGCAGCCCCCCAGAGCUCUACUGUCUGAGCGUCACCAGCGCCAGGGCCAAGCCCACCCCAGAUGAGACCCCUGAGGGCCCACAGCGCGAGGCCCCUCGGGGCCCAGAAGCAGAAGGCCCCGGGGACCCAGGGGCUGGAGCCCACCCCAGGCCCAGCCUCCCGAGGGCUGAGGCCCCCCCUGCCCCCCAAGAGCACAACUCCCCAAGGUGCUUCCAGGAGACCCCCUCCGGCUUUACCUCCACCGACUAUACCUCACCAAAGGCCACCCCGGGGCCCCUGCCCCUGCGGGCCCCCCAGGGCAGCGGCCCCCGCCCUCAGGGGCCAGCCCCCCACCCCGAGCUCCCGGCCAGCGGGGCCGAUGCCUGGCCCCGAGCUGCCGCAGACCACUUCCCAGGUGCUGACUUCAGCGUCCCUCCCCAGGAGCCAGAGCCUCUUCCUGGAGGCAGCAGGCCUGGCGGCCCCCAGGGGGGCUCCUUCCAGUUCCCCUUCCCAUCCCAGACCCCGCCCGGGGCCGGCGCCAAGCCCUUCCCCACGGACACGGCCAGUCACCAGUGUGCUGACCGGGGGCUGCUGUUCGCCUUCCGCCAGCCCUCGGGCCCCUGGCAGGAGGCCGGCGUGGGCACGGCUGCCUACCCACUGCCUGCCCAGCCUGCCCUCUGCACUCUCCCCUGCUACCCCAGCCAGCCUGGUGGCCCCGAUGACCCCAGAGACCCUGGGGGUGCCCGCCCCGUAACUGGUGCUACUCACCUGGCCCCCAGCCCCCUCCCCGACACUUUGCACAAGAGCCUGAGCAGAGUCCUUCCUGACGGAGCCCCCUUAGCCCGUGAUGGGAUGGCGAGCCCCAGGGCACUCCCGGACCCUCUGUCCCGGCGGCCCUUUCCAGGGCAGGCCCAGGGAGCCAAUGGGGUGGGAGCCAGCCCAGAGCCUGUGGACAGUGAGCUGACCGCUCCAGGGCCUCCGCCCACAGGACUGCCCCACCUGUGGGACCCCACAGCGGCCCCUUACCCGACACGGGCCCUGGGCCUCGCAGACACCGCCAGGGCCACAUUCCUUGAGGGCCACUCUGGCCCAGGCCAGGGGCUGUGCCUCCCGCAGAGCUCGCCUGUGCCCUGGCCCCAAGUGCUCCCACCCCCUGGGCCCAGCCCCCACCCAAUGGAGAUACUGAGCCAGCUGCCGUGCCCCCGGGGCACCCCCGAGUGGCAGGGGGACGGUCAGGCAGGCCUGAGUGCUGCCUGCCAAACAGCCAGGACCGGGGAGGCCCUGGCGGGGGUGAGAGGCAGCGCUGGACAGCCAGGCAGCUCCCCCGGGCUGCUCCCCUACCGCGGGCUAGGUGACCCUGGGCCCCAGCCCCUGCUUUUCGGGGGAGCCCAGGCCCAGGCAUCACCCCGAGGGGCCUCUCUGGAGCCGGCCAAGGCCUUCCCUUUCCCCACCGACAGGCUGGGCGCCGAGGGCCCCGGGGCCGGCAGGGGGCUGCUGCAGGGCUUCCCCCGGGAGCCGCCCCCCUACCCCGGCCAACACUUCUCCCUGAGCAGUGCCAGCCUGGACCAGCUGGACGUGCUGCUGACGUGCAGGCAGUGUGACCGCAACUACGGCAGCCUGGCAGGCUUCCUGGCCCACAGGCACUUCUGCAGGCCGGCCAGGGCCGGGGACGGCUCCCAGCAGCCCCCGGGGCACCCCGCACCCACCACCACCCCCCAGGCUCCCGCCCACAUGCACACAGGCCCACUCAGCCAUGGCCAGACUGUCCCCUUCCUGAUAGCCAGGGAUGAUCCCCUGAGGACAAGCUACCUGCCCAGCCUAGCCACCCCCUUCCCACUCCCUGCCUCAGACCUGGACCUGGAGGACGAGGCCAAACUGGACAGCCUCAUCACCGAGGCUCUCAACGGCCUGGAGGGCCAGUCGGACAACCCCGAGAUAGACAGCAGCUUCAUCGAUGUCUUCGCCGACGAGGAGCCUUCUGGCCCCAGAGGACCCGGACCUGGGCCACCUACCAACAACGGGUCAGGGGCGACCCCAGAGCACAGUGCCGAGGACUUGCUCCCCGCCAAAGCUGACCCACCAGAGUCCCGAGCCCCCUGCCCUGGGGACAGAAGCUGCCCACCCGGAAAUCGGCCCAAAACCCGCUCUCUGGGCCUGGUGCCCACGGAGGCAGAUGCCAUCAGCCUGGUCAAGCCGCAGAGGAGGGGGAAGCGGUUCAAGCUGCUUCGUAAAGAACUGGACAUAGCCAGUGGCCCCAAGGGACCCUGCCUGAGGCCCAGGAGGAGAGGCCACAGCACUGAGCGGCCCCCGCCCCGCACCCGGGACCUCAGAACUCCGGCCCGGGGCCACACAGAUCCAGACAGCCGGGCCCCGGGAGCCACCUCCCUCACUGCAGAGACCAGGAGCUCCAGGCGCCUGCGGCUGCCCGCUAAGAAAGACCCCCGGAAAAGGAGGGCCCGGGGUGGCACCUGGAGCAAGGAGCUCAUCCACAAGAUGGUGCAGCAGAAGAGCCAGCUCCCCAGGCGGCAGGCACCGCGAGGUGCGCCCGGCCCCCCUCGGACCCAGAGGGCCCUGCCCCGUGCCCAGGACAGCAGGCUCAGGGAGUGCGAUUCUGAGUCCGAGGAGGAGUGUCCCCGUCAACGUGGUGCUAGCUCCCGGGGCCGUUCCUGCCCCGGCCCUAGGCGGUGGCAGGGAGGUGAGAAAAGGGAGGAGGACCCACCCCGGGGCCCCAGGAAAGGCCAGAGGCCAGAAGCCAGAAAGGACAGGGGCACCCCAGCCGCAGGGGGGCCCUGCAGCCCAUCAGGGAGCCCCGAUGCUGGAGAGGCCGCUGUGGAGCAUGGCCUCGAGCACACUGACAGCCCCUGGGCACCGCCCAACCAUCGUCCUCAGCUUCCUGCCAACAGCAAGGGCCCAGAGGAGGACCAGCUGCCCUCGGACUUCCCCCAGGAGGCCCAGGGGCCUGCAGCAGCCCAAGAAUCAGCCCCCGAGGCCACCGGACUCAGAGACGGGCCCAGUCUUUCUCCAGCCAUCUGUGAGGGAGAAGGUGCCAGGCCACCAGCCCCAGAACCAACACAGCCUGGCAGACCCUGGCCACCAGGAAGCCAAGCCCGCGAGCGGUCCAGCCAGAGCACUGCCGCCCCAGGCCCCGGGGACUGUCCUGCUGACCGUCCAGGAGGGCUUCCGAGGCCUGUCUCCGCCCACCCUGAACCCCACGUCCUGCUUGUUCAGAACGUUGAUGCAGGUUGUGACCCUGCUGGCCCUGACAGGGACUCCGUGGGGGGCCCCCCUGCCGGAAAGGAGCCCCACCCCAGCAGCAGCGCAUCCACUGAACUGCUCCUCCGACCCAGAGACCUCGAGGGCUGUCUCCCUGGAGGCCUGUGCUCCAGGCCCUCGGCUGCCCACACCCAGGGGGCCAGUCGCGGCCACCUCGGCCCAGACAGCGUGGAUACCCUGGAGCCGAGACCUCUCCAACAUUCACCUGACGCCACUGACACCCCCCCGGGGAGCGCCCCCUCGCUGCUGACCUUGGAGUCCACAUCCCUCUUUGCGGGGCUGCCCGAGGAGGGGUUCGAUCCACCACUGGGCCACGGCCGGUCUGCAGACGGGGAUGCCCACACACCCAUGGCACCAGCCGGCACCCCCCCAAGGAAACCUCUGAUGGACCCUCUCUGCCCACCCUUCUUGCUGUUGGAGGAAGAGGUGCCAAUGCUGCCCAGCCAGUUUCCUGGCCUCUCAGGGGGAAUGACCCUGGGUAAGAAGUGUCCCCACGAGGCGCCCGUGCCCCCUGUGCCUGGGAAGGGAAGUGAGUGCAGCCUGGGCAGUCUGUCCGAGGAGGAACUGGAAAUCAAAAGACUGGUCAGCGAGUUGGAAAGCCAGCUGCAGAGGACGGGGGACACCCAGGGCGCCCCAGGGGGGCCUGGCGAAGUGCCACUUGCCAACAGUGUGUGCCCCGGCCCAGGCCCAGAGCCAGCCUCGACCCCCGGGGACACAGUCUCAGCACUGGACCUCAUGGGCCUUGGGGAAUCUAAUGUCCACCAGGAAGCUGUAGAGACAGGCCCAGCUGCGGAGGAUGGGGCUCGCGGGGGCUUCCAGGGAGAGUGGCCCUGUCCAGCCCCCAGCCACCCAGGGCAAGCAGUGCCUCCCCCCAGCACCCACGAAGACCCAGGUUCUGGUGCUGCUCUUGGGCCCCCAGGGGGCAGCCUCAGUUCCCAGGCAGAGCAGAUGGCCAGAGUCUCAGAGAAGGAAGGAGAUGGCCGAGACCUCAGUGGGCAGCUGGAGGCCAUGCAGUCGGCCAGGCGCAGCCCAAACCAGGCACUUCUGUUUCCUAAUGAGACCGUCAGGACACAGGGGACGGAGGACACCCCUCUGUGGCUUCCCUGUGAACAGAGUGGAGGGCGCUCCCCAGAGCCCCCUGAGGCAGGGGGGUGCAGCCAAGGUCCCCCCGCAUGGGCACGCGGCCACCCUAGCAUCUAUCUGGUUCCCGACCUCGCGACUCAGGCAGAUGGGGAUCUGCCUCCAGGUGCCUGUCACCGUGUCAUCCCCGAGGAACACUCUGGGGGCAGAGCAGGAGGACCCAAAGUGGCUGGGCCCCUCUUCCCCAUGACAGAGGGGCCUGGCUUUGAGGGCAAGGGGGCUGCCCCAGCACCUCGGGGCAGGGAGCCUCGGGACCCCCACACACCAAGCCCUGGCUGGGGGCCCCAGGCCCCGGCCUCCCUCGGCUUACGGCCACUCCAGGUCCUGGAGGCCGGAGCCGGGAGCAAUGACAGCGACCAGGGCUCACGGCGGGUGCUGCUUGCUGCGGCCCAAGGUCCUCCACACAGAGCCCCCCCAGGCCCAGGAGGGCCCGGUGGGGAAAGCGGCUCCCCAGGGUGCAAGCAGGCAACAGCUGACCCUGCAGCCACUGGACCUCAGCGGGCGCCCCAGGCCGAAGGACACCUGGGCCCACCUGGCCAAGCUGAGAAGCCGGCGGGCUGUGGAGAGGCCAGCUCGCUUCAGCCAGUUAGCUGGAGGGAACCAGGGGGCCCAGGUAGCCUGGCCAGGUCCAGUGCCCACCCUGCAAACCCCCUGGCCAGGCCGGCCAGGGGCACCCCUGAGCCUGAGGAAAGCCAGGCGCCCUUGGGCCUGGGGACGCAGGCGCCACCCACUCCAGGCCCCUCGUCCUCCAGUGGGACUCGCUCACCACCAGCCCCGAUGGCAGCCCACACCCAGGGCCCUGAGGACAGAGGUCCAGGCAAGGUGUCCAGCUCAGGCCUGGACCCGCAGCUGCUGUUCAACAGGGAGAGCCCUGCACCCCACGCUGGGGACCUGGGCACCCAUGACGCCGCGUCCAUUGCCAUGGCCACCCUAGCUCCCUGCAGUCUCGAGCCCCUGCCCGGGGAAGAGCCUCCCUCCAGGCCCUCCAGUGGCCCAGAGGACCCAGGCCAGACCCCAGGGCUGCUCCCAGCACCUACCUCCUGUGCCCAGGGCCAGGUGGGAGGGGCCAGCGGUGUGCAAGCCCCCCCAGGGGCCAGGGCCAGGGAGGCCCCGGCAGCUCUUCCAUCUUUGACCACAAGCCCUUGUGGCCCCAAGGAGAUCCCGCCUGGCUGCCCGCUCCUGAGGGCCGGGAGCCCCCAGGACCCUCCCUGCUGCCGGCCUGAGCUCAGUGCUGCCCUAACCCCCACCUGCAAGGACUAUGGCGCUGAAGUCGGCCCGCGGAGAGCUCCAGAGGGUUCCCAGACAGAGGGACUGGGAAGGCCUCCUGCCCACCACCGCCUUGCACCCCCCGCGGGGGCCAUCUCCCCGGCAGUGACCACCCAGGCUGCUGGCCCGUCCAGCAUCCCCACUGAAGAUGGCACCGAGAUGGGCAGAGGGCUCUGGGCGUCAGACCCCCACCUGAGCGGAGCCACUGACACCAGCCCCUGCAGUGUGUCCGAGGGUCCCUCCUCAGAGCCCCCAGGCAACACCCCCCUCCUUGGCCACGGGGAAGGGGAGAGCCCCUUGGCUGUGCCCACCCCACCAGGGGCCACCGAGCCAAACCCUCAUGCCUACCUGGGAGGUGAGACAGGGGCUGGCCGAGAGGGAGAGGGGGACCCAGGGACACCUGGGGCCAGGCACCCGGGCCUGAGAAGAGCUCCCAGAGCCGACCCCAGUGGCCCAGCGCGGCGCCCGUCCCCCGCGGGGCUCUGCCAGGCCCAAGCGGCCUCUUCCAGCAGCGCAGCCUGUGACCUCAGGUCUGGUUCCCCGCCGAGCAGCGUCCCCCACCUGACACCCCAGAAGGACCCCAAACAGAGGGGCUUCCGAAAGAACCCAGAGCCCACAGAGACAGGCCACCAGGAGAGCCACGCCCCAGCCAGGCCCGGGCUCCCUGUGACCUGUGAGACCUGCUCGGCCUCCUUCCGCUCCAGGCCAGGUCUGAACAGGCACAGGGCCAGGAAGCACCCGCCACGCAAGCCCGCCACCUGCCAGCCCAGCCCUGGGGCACGCCGGGGCCCCAGGAAGAGGAGCCACAAGGGGCCUGGGGGUGACCCACCAAGUCCCUCAGUCAGGAGCCCUGGCCGCACCCCUGGGCCCUCCCCCAUCCAGGGCUCCACAGUGCCUGAGGACACCCUGGGUCCCGAGACGCUGGAGGAAGCCAGGAGGAGCCCUGGCGAGCCCAGGACCCCAGGUUCUCCCUGUGACCCGCUCCCACACCCCCCAGGCCCCGUGGGGCAGGGGGAGGGUGUGAGGGCUCCAGCCCCAAAGCCCGGAAGGCCAGGCCCCCCGGAGGUGGACCAGCUCCCUCCCCAGCAGACAGAGAACAGAGAAGACCAGAGGCGACCUGCAGAGCCCCGGGGCUCCCCCAAGCCACAGGGGAAAGGGAACAGGAAGGUGGGAAAGCGGGGGACUGGGGGAGCCUCCGCAGGCGCGGGUCCAGGUGGGUGCAGCGCCAGCCCAGUGGUGGCAGCCGCCAACCACGCAGCCCUUCCGAGCUGUUGCCUCUCACGGGAGGGAGCGUGUGAGGCCAGUGUGGGGCAGUGGCUUCGCCCGGCCACUCUGGGGCCUGAGGUCCUAGAGGACAAGGCAGACACAGGCUUGGGGGUUCUGAGUGCAGAGAUGGCACCCAAGUCACCCAGAGACCAGCAGCUCCUUCCGGGGAAGAUGGAGGCAGGGACAGAAGGGGUGCUGCCUGGGGAACUGCCAGCAGGGUGGAGGGGAGCCUCAGCAAGGCGGUGCCGGGGACCCAGAGACAUCAGAGAGCCCGGGAGCCAGCCUGCAGAGGCCAGCAGAGGGGCCAGGGGCCGGUCAGGCAAGCGCACAGGGGAGGGGGCACCAGACCCUCCAAAGGCAUCCGAUUCUGUAGUGGGCAAGACCAUCCGCAGCGGCCCUCGGAGCCGCCCAGGAGCCCGGGCUGAGGGGCAGGGGCCUCAGGGCACCGUCCCUGCUGCCCGGGGCCCGGGGCCCGUGGACCCUCCGAGCUCGCUUGAUGACGACGUGUCCUUUGCCCAGCUCUUCCCUUUGGGUGGUCGCUUCACUCAAGAGAAGAAUCCCCGGGUCUACGGGAAGGGGUGCCAGAGGCCUCCGCGCCCGCCACCCACAGAGCCCCGCAGCCAGGGGGGCGACCUGCUGCACCCCACCCACCUGCCCCCAGACCUCAGCGACCCGGGCGCCCUCUGCCUCUCCCUGCAGGACCCUUGGGAGGAUGAGGCCGUGGUGCUGCCCGAGCCCUUCCUCCUGGAUGGGCUCCUGGGCAGCGAGGUACCCAGCCUCGACCCCUGGGCCCCCAGCCUCAGCCUGUGGGCCCCGGAGCCCCACAGGGAAGCGGGCCCCGGGGAAGAGGCCCCGUCCGGCUGCACAGAAGACGCGGAGUUGGAGGCCAUCCCCAAACUGCACAUGGUCCCAGCGGCAUGGCGAGGCCUGAGCCUGCGGGCCCCCAACGAUGGGACUCCUCCUCUGGGAGCCGAGAGCCCAGAGCCCCCCGACCUGGAGAGAGAGCGCUACGAUGACGGGCUUCCUGGGAGUGCCAGUCUACUGCCGCGUCACGCCCAGGACCUGGACAUGCUCGGUGCCAAGCUGGAGGUGCAAGACCUGUGCUUCCUGGGCCCCCGCAGCGACCUCGCCGGCCUGCUCAGCUCCAGCCUCUUGGAUUCUAGGGCUGCAGCAGACCCACAGGGGCCAGGGAGCCAAGGGGCCCCGGGGGCGGCCAGGCCAGCUCAGGCUGGAGGCCGGGAGCUGCCCGCUCGGGGCAGGAGGGCCUCUUACAAGUGCAGGGUGUGCUUCCAGCGCCUCUGCAGCCUGGGCGAGCUGGACGUGCACAAGCUGGCGCACAGCCCCUCGCCGCCCCCCACCUGCUACUUGUGCGUGGAGCGCAGGUUCUGCUCGCGGCAGCGGCUGCGGGAGCACCUCCAGGAGAGGCACCUGCAGGGCAGAGUGGGGCCCUGGGCCUGUGGCCUGUGCCUCAAGGAGGUGGCCGACGUCUGGAUGUACAACCAGCACCUGCGGGAGCACGCCGCCCGCUUCGCCCGCAGGGGGCAGGCGCAGCAGCCCUGGGGGGGCCUGCCCCGCGACUUGGCGCCUGAGAGCACCCACACACACCUCCUGGACACCGUCAUGGAGCCGGUCAGACCCCGCAGCAGCAGGCCCACAGGGGACAGAGCAAGUGGGAGCCCCAGGGAGACGUCAGAGGGGGGACGGGAAGCUGAGGAGGAGACCGCUAGGGAGCAGGUCAGGCCAGCCAGCGGCAGCAGCCCAGCAGCUCCGACCGGCAGCUCCGCCACCCACUCUGCCAAGACGUCUCCCAGCCUGGCCCCUGACCCUUGGCCCCAAAGGGAACGGCUCCUGCCAGCUGUCCCCAUGCACGCAGCCUGCAGGGACCCCUCCAGAGACUGCCACCACUGCGGGAAGCGGUUCCCCAAGCCCUUCAAGCUGCAGCGCCACCUGGCGGUGCACAGCCCGCAGCGCGUCUACCUCUGCCCCCGGUGCCCGGGCGUCUACCCGGAGCUCUGCGAGCUGCGGGCGCACCUGGGUGGGGUGCACGGGCUGCAGGAGGAGCGGGAGCUGCCCCACACGCCACUGUACGCCUGCGAGCUCUGCGCCAACGUCAUGCACGUCAUCAGGAGGUCCUUUGUCUGCAGCUCCUGCAACUACACCUUUGCCAAGAAGGAGCAGUUCGACCGACACAUGGAGAAGCACCUGAGGGGCAGCCAGCAGCCCUUGGCGCUCCGCCGUGUGCGACGGCCAGCGACCCCCAGGCAGAAGGCCCUGGCCCUCGAGGGCGUGCUGCCCAGCAAAAGGCGAAAGGUGGUUGUGCCCAGCAGCCCCCCAGGGCUGGGUGUGGCUGUGACCGGGCCUCUGUCCGGGCCUUUGUCCCUAGGCAGCCCUACCCUGAGCCCUCCUGCCCUGCCCCAGCUCUGCCCAGAGUCGGCUCCCAGCACCACCAAGAGCUGGCCCCACCCACCCAGCCCCGCGGCCAGGGAAGACCAGCGGCCACCACACAGUCAGGAGCUCCCACCCCCGGCUCUGUCACCGCUCCCCACGGCCUUGGCUGGUGGCAGCUGUGACCAGGGACCGGACCCAACCCUAGAGAGGCCUGAAGACACGGCUUGGCCAGGCGAGCAGCAGCCUCCCCGGGAGGAAAAGAGGCCUCCCGCCCCGUUCUCAGGGGGACACAGGAGCCCGGGUGUCCGCAGCAGAUGCGCGUCUGAUGGCUCCUCAGAAGACCGCUUCCCGCUCCAAAAAAAGAAGCAGGUGUCCACACCCCAUGUGGCACCCGAGAGGGGUACAAGGGGUCCUUCCCACAAGGGUGGUGCCACCAAGCCCCCAAAGCAAGGAGCAGCAGCGUCCACUCCCAGCCAUGCACCCAAGCCCCUGGGGCCACUCAGGAAGCCCGUGGGGAGAGGGAGCCCGGCACCCCGAGAGCAGGCCCAGAGCACUGAGGAUAGGGUGAAGCCCACCUCCCCCAAGGCCAAGCCAAGAGCCAGCUCCCAGGGCAACAGGUGCCCGUGGCCUGGCACCCAGACAGGAGGCGGCAGCCAGCCCCAACCAGCCAGUGGGCGGCUCCAAAGCGAGACAGCCAGCACCCCGGCCAGGCCCCUACACCCUGGCCCAAACCCCGCCUCAGCUAAGUCCCCAUCUCGAACCCAGGCCAGGGGCUGCACCAAGGGCCCGAGAGAGGCUGGAGUCCAGGGGCCCCGCGGUUCCCCCAGCCCCAGGGAGACGGGCAGGGAGAAGAGGAGGAAGAGCCAGGCCCUGGAGCCGGCCAAGCGUGAAGGCGUGGGGGGCUCCGGCAGAGCCCCUGUGGCCCCCGACAAGCCCCUCCGGACCCCCCGAAAACAGCCUGCUCCCAGCCGCGUGCCCCCCACCAAGCCCAGACCCAGUAGCCAGCACGGGAAGAUGAGGCCACCACCCUCAGAGCAGCGGGAGGCACACAGCCGUGCCCACAGGGGGGAGGCACUGAGCAAGCACAGUCCCCAAGCCAGACUCCUGCUCAGGGCCCCCAAGAGGGGUAGAGCUGUCCACAGUGCCGAGGCCCCCAGACUCCGAGACCACCGCACUGCGGAGUCCCAGAGUAACCUCCUCAACCAGCUCUUUGGCCAGAGACUGACCAGCUUCAAGAUCCCUUUAAAGAAGUUCACUUCGGAGUAACCGGAGUUCUGGCGGCUGUGGGGCGCCUGGCACGCGGGUUCUGCGCCACUCUCCUUCAGUGUAGCUGAAAGUCGGGGCACCUGCCUGCCCCAGCCUGCAGGAGCUGGGCAGUGCUCCGCGCAGGCUGCCGGGCACAGCAGCCCCUCUCUCGCCGGAGCACAGGGGAGAGGGAUGGGCAGCUGCAGCCCCUUUGAGACCACACUGCUGCCUCCUUGGUACCCAGUACUUGAAGAGCAAGUAGACCGUGCCCUCCCCAGCCCUGUGUGCCCUCUGGGCCAGGCGCCACGGGCCGUGGAAUGCACUGGGACCCCAUCACCCAGGGGAAGUAAGCUGGGGCCGGCGCCCCUCUGAGUCUUGCUGCUUGCUGCCGCUGCUGGAAUCCCUGGGGCAGGGCAUUCCACACGGGCCAUUUCUGAGCCACCUGGUCCCCAACAGCACAACAGGCCUCCUCCCUGUGACCACACUGUGGAGGCUCCCGCUGCACCUGGCUCCUGGGGGCCGACCAGGCUCCCACGGGUUCCUGCAGAAGGCCUUGCCGGGGGCUCCACCAGGCGAGGCCCGCCCACGCAGACCCUCCGCUCGGUCCCGGGGACUCUGCGCUGAGGUUUCUGGUGCUACUUUCGUGUUGUAAUGUGAAUACAGCUGCCUUGACUUAAUCUGGACCAGGGGUUGGGCAGGACUCCGGGUCAGGGAGGCUGAGGACGCCCGGCUGAGUCUCACUGGCCUCCAGCCAGGCUCCAGCCUGAAGUCCCCGCAGCGAGGGACACCUUCAGGGCCUCGGGGGCGAGAGCGUCCGCCGGGCACUGACUGCCCCCACAGGUGCGGUCCUGGGAGAGCAGGGAGGCUCCUGCCCCCUGGGGCUCAGGCUCGAGGCUGCUGUCCUGUGGCUCUUAGCUUGGUGCCAUGUGUGUCAAAGGUUUUAUUUUGACAUCUCCAAAGAGACGAAAUCAGCCUCUCUAGAAGGUACUGUGGGCCUCAGAGAGCAUCUCGUGUGGACGGAGACGGAGACUCUGAAGCCAUACUGUAAAAAUCACAGCUAACUCAUCUUCUCAAAUAUAUUCCCACUAUUUUCGCAGAAAA